UUCGACAUCAUGACAAUCGUUGACUAAGUGUUGUGCUUAUUAUUUUAUAUCUUAUAUUUUAUUUGAAUUUUGAACUGUAAUUUUUAAAUUUGAUUUUUGAGUUAUGGAAUUUAUUAAAUCUAAUAAAUAUAAACUUUUACUCGUGUAUAAUAGUUACACUUAUAGAAAAGAAAAAAUGUACAAGGAAUCGAAGUAUUGGAAAUGUAUAGAUAUGCAAUGUAAAAGUCGAUUAACAAUUACAAUUGAUAAUACAAUUAAAAAAGAGUCUUCAGAGCAUAACCACGUUCCAGAUAUAUGCAAGUUAGAAGUAAAAAAAGAAGUCGAGAGAAUGAAAUCCCAAGCACUAGAUAACCCUCAACAAAUAGUCGCUUCAUCGCAAUUAAAUCUAGUGAUAUCAGAAAUAGCAGACCAUUACCAGAGAUCUAUCAGUGAAAUGGUAAAUGAAUCAACAUUACAAUCCAUACUAAGCACAGUGGACAAAUAUUGUAUUUUUUACAAUAUAAUCGGUAUUAAUAAUCUAAAUCUAAAAAUGCAUUAUUUAGAUCUAUUUAAUAAGGCUAUUAUUAGGGUAGUAAAUCACCCGCAAUUCUUUGCAUAAAAUUAAGACUAUUUCGGGUGACAAUGAAACUUUCUUUAAAAAAACAGUUUUAUAAUGAAACAGUAAAGAUUUUUUUUUUUUUAUUAUUAAUUUUAAUUUAUGUACUAUUUAGUACCAUUAUCCAUAAUAUCCAGUAUAAAAACAUUAAACAUUACAUAUUUACAAUGGAGCAAAAAUUAAUUGUUAAAUUAAAAUACAUUACCUAAUUAAGAAUCAUUUUUGUAAAAAAAAUACAAUUAACAAUAAAAUAUAUGUAUGUACAUUGUA